AUCUAUUGCGCUUGCGCUGAGCUGUAGCGUACAGUACAGUGAUGCUGCGGUUGCCGCUGUUGUCGAGAGGAUUUAGGGCGUCUGUGUGCUCUAGGUUUGUUUUCUUUACGCGUCAAAGGAAUGCAUCUUCCAUUUCUGUUGAGGAAGACGAUGGUCUGCAGUUGGACUAUCCAAAACUUCCGUUUAAGUCCGUGCAGCUGAAUGAGCCGCUGGGAUGGUGGGAUAAUCAGGAUAGGAGAGACAAAGAAACCAUAUUACAUGAGGAGGACGAUGUGCUCAACAUGUGGAUGUAUGAUGAAGUCGAAUGUGGAGGAAAAUACACCAAGUGGCAGGCUCUCGGUCAUUUACUGACAGCAUUUGGUCUAUUGGGUCUAGUGAGUUAUCUAUCUGUAUUAUACGAUGCUCCCUCUCGAAAUCCUGCCGCACCUAAAGAGUAUCCGUUCAACCAACUUCAUCUAGAGAGAGGAGGCGACCCAUCGGCACAGCCUCAACUAACAGAACACGUCCACGUAACUUACGGAGGAAGUAUUUGACACACACAGUGGACUUUGCAAAAUAUCUUGUUUGUGUAUAUGGUACACUGUUGCAAUAGAUACAACGCAUGCUCGGUAUUGGUGAACGCUUAGACCCGGUUUCUAAAAAUAGCAAAUGACACUCCGGUAUAUAAG